UAGGGCCGCGCACGCGCUAGUUGACAGAGACCUCACCCUUUGCCCCAGCCCCAGGGCUCGCGGGGUUCCCUCGAGGGUCUCGGCAGCCGAGCGCCCCGAGAUCCCCUCCGCGGCCCGGUUCCGUGGGCGCCAGACAUGAACCGCAAGAAGCUGCAGAAGCUGACGGACACCUUAACUAAAAAUUGCAAGCACUUUAAUAAAUUUGAAGUGAACUGUCUUAUAAAGCUUUUUUAUAACUUGGUGGGAGGAGUGGAGAGGCAAGGUCUGAUUAUUGGACUGGAUCGUAACGCCUUUCGAAACAUCCUGCAUGUGACAUUUGGAAUGACAGAUGACAUGAUUAUGGACAGAGUAUUCCGAGGUUUUGAUAAAGAUAACGAUGGCUGUGUAAAUGUAUCGGAGUGGGUUCAUGGAUUAUCACUGUUUCUUCGCGGAUCUUUGGAAGAAAAAAUGAAAUAUUGCUUUGAAGUGUUUGAUUUGAAUGGUGACGGAUUCAUUUCAAAGGAGGAAAUGUUUCACAUGUUGAAGAACAGCCUUCUCAAACAGCCAUCUGAGGAAGACCCUGAUGAAGGCAUUAAAGAUUUGGUUGAAAUAACACUUAAGAAAAUGGAUCAUGACCAUGAUGGGAAGCUGUCUUUUGCAGACUAUGAACUGGCUGUGAGACAAGAGACUCUUCUACUGGAGGCCUUUGGACCAUGCCUUCCUGAUCCAAAGGUACUGAUAGCCAGAUGGAAUUUGAAGCUCAAGUAUUCAAAGAUCCAAAUGAAUUCAAUGAUAUGUGAAUACCUAAAUGUCUAUACUGUCUCAAGGUUUCUGUAAGGCAGGAUUGAAUGAGAUAAUGUCUGUUACAUCAUGUUACAAAGAGGGAAGCCGUUUCCCCCUUUGAAUAAACCAUAAGUAUGAUCUGAAUGCAUGGAUUUUAGUAGGUGUGUCGGGACAGGGACACGUGUGUCCUAGCUUGCAGCAUGCUUAGCUUCUACAUAGGCACUCAGGUGUAAUGAAUAAGUGUGGACACCAACAGCCCAGAAAUGGAGAGCCCGGGUUGCUGGGUCCCUCCUGUAACAAAUAUGUGGCAGUGCUUAAGUCUCUUACUAGUAUAAGGAAGCUGAAGGAUAUUUCUAAAAUAGCUUCAAUAGUUGAACUUAGAAAAAUGAAUCUCAUGAAAGUCGGAUAAAGCACUGGUGUAAACGUCACUAGAAUGCUCAUGAAUCCUACCCUGUUGGACUUAGCAUUAGUGAAACUACCCUCCCCCCAACACACACACAUCUCCCUUAUGACACAGAUCACACAGACAUACACACUGUAGUGUAUCCCAUUUACCACGUGCAGUAGAGUUCUUUGAAUUUCUUUCUCAUCCCAUCAAGAGUUCACCAAUUCUAAAGCAACUGGUAUCACACUGCUCAUGACGAGGAUUCUGAUUAACCACAUUCAAGAUUUAAUGUGUUUGCUAUGCUGGCUCUAACGUGGCAAAACACCAAAUGGAAAUUAAUGAGAUAUGAUUUGUAGGAAAGCAUAAAAGUCUAAAAUCCCAUUAGAUCAACAUGAACUUGCAUGCAAGUUACGUGAGCUCCAAUAAGCCAGAUUCACGCCGUGGUCCACUUGCUGUGUUCUUAAUUGGGUUAGUGUGAAUCUGAGUGCAAGGCAAGCUGCUUCCCUCUUCGAAUUUCUCAUUACUUGGUUCAUGUAAACACAGAAAAGAGCAUAGCACCCUCAGGAAUCCAAGUUAGUCGCUAACCAGGAAGUGGGUGCACCCUCCGUAUUUCCAGGGACCCUGACGGUGACCCCGUGGGAUGUGUGCAUGAUGUGUGCAGCCAGCCCUGGCAGACCCCAUCCCAGACCACAAAAACGCUGCGCAGAAGUGGCCCUGCCCCUACCCGCACGGACCACUCAGUUUAGGAGGAGAGUUGCUGUUUGCUGUCUUGAAAAAGGAGAAAGAGGAGGAAGAAAGAAAAGGAGGCGAAGGAGGAAAACAAAAACAGGGAAGGGAGGCAGGGGGAGGUGGAAAAAGAAACAGAUUAACUGAUUGGAGAAAACAGUUUUCAUGCCAUGUUUUUUUUAAAAAAAAAAAAAAAGGAAACAGGUAAGCAGAGAGUUAAGGGAGUGGUGUUUUUCUCUCAUGGCCACAGGAUUCUAGAAAAUCAAAUGGCAGGUCUGGGAGGGACAGCCUUGCUCCGCAGAGUCUACUGAGCGGGGGUGCAGUGGGGAGACAGAACCGCAGCAGGGCAGGAUGUGGAGCAGGCCAGGGCCUGCAGCAGCGCUCAGGUAUGCGGCUGACAGGCAGGGCGCUGGCCCGCGGCAGGUGCAGCACCGCCAGUGCCUGCGGCCCCAGGAAAAGAAAACCUGCAGGUGCCGUCGGGACAUGUCCUGAGCCUCCGAAGCCACGCGCUUUUCUCAAUAGCUGUCCUAUCCUCAUUGUCUGCCUGCAAGAUGAUGGCGUGCUGCUGUGCGGUGGGAGGGGACGAGAGGGAGGGAGUGGUGUGUGGAGUCUCCUGCUCUGGUGGCUUUGAUGACACAGAGGGGUGGCUCCUGAGUGAGUGGCAGUGGGAGGGAGUGGGGCAGGCAGCGGGGAUCCCAGGGGGCUGUUGUGGGCUGGCUGAGCCUGUGCCAGAGAAGUGGGGCGGGGACUCACCUGCCAGCCCUGGGGCAGCUCCUGUUUCCACAGCAGAGCACCCCUCCAUGCCCUCUCCCCCAGGCUGCAUGAACCUGGCAGUCUUUUGGCUGCAGAGUGCCCCUGUGAGCACGACCCACUGUCCCUUCAUGCCCGGGAUUCUCCUCUGUCCCCCCUCAGCCAUCUGCCACACAGUGGCUCCAACCAUUUCAGCUCAGUGCUCACAACCCCAAUAAUUUCCCAACGUUGCCUGAGUCCAUGCACAUCGCAGGAGCGCACACGGGUGAGCACACGCUGCAGGUGCUCCGGGGCCUCUCUGUUACCUUUCAGCCUGCUCAUGACCUGUCACCAGAGGCAGUUCUGAAAAUAAGCCAUUUUCAUAUUCAGCUGGAAGCAGGAGAAAGCAAUGGAGCCAUGUGUCUUUUGCCAACUCUGAAUACCUGCUCAAGGGGAUCUCCUGCCCUCCUCAGAAAGAGCUGGCUUACAUUUGCGGGGAGUGGGGAAUAGGAAGGCAUUUUGCCUUUGUAGAAAGUUAACUCCGUGUUGUGGUUGUCAUACUGACUGCAGCCAAGGAGCAAGGAGGCAGGCAUGAGCUCCUGGCUGGGCCCAGGGAAAGGAGUACUGCUCCCUGGUAG